AUGGACGUCCCAGCCCUGAUCGCUUCGCCCGUGGGCACCGUGAGCACCGUGAGCAGAGCUGCUCCAGUUGCCCCUGUGCCCGCAAGGUCCGCAGGGCUUGCAGCUCGACCAAGUUCUCAGCGUGGUGAGCGGUCGACUUUGACAGCCCAUCUGGGCUUGGCUGUGGCCGCAGCAUGCUCCUGGUCGGUGCACAAGCGAGGCAGAGCCGCGGUGAAAGGUCCUAAGCGUGUGCAGAUGAGGUACACAUCGAUGUGCAAAGACUCCGACCCCGAGGACUCCAUGCGGCGACGCUUCGAGGCCGUGGUGGCCGAGGCCCAGGAGAAGAUCUGCAAGGCCAUCGAGGACUGUGAUGGUGGUGCAAAGUUUUGCCGAGAGCCAUACACACGAGAGUCCGGAGGAGGUGGCGUUGCUCGGGUGUUGACCGAUGGAAAUGUCUUCGAGAAGGCUGGUGUGAAUCUUAGUGUGGUCUAUGGGCAGAUGCCUCAAGAAGCCUUGCAGGCAGCCACUGAGAGAGGUGCAGAUCGAGCUGGGGGCAAAUUGGAACCAGGUCAAAAGGUCCCAUUCUUUGCUUGUGGCCUUUCCUCAGUGAUGCAUCCCAAGAACCCCUUUUGCCCCACCAUGCACUUCAACUACCGUUACUUUGAGACUGAGACCGGAGCUUGGUGGUUUGGAGGUGGCACUGAUAUCACUCCUUCGUAUCUUGAUCUCGAUGACAUGAAGCAUUUUCAUGGCACCUACAAGGACGUCUGCGACAAGUACAACCCCGAAUGGUAUCCCAAGUUCAAGAGCUGGGCUGAUGACUACUUCUUGAUCAAGCACCGCGGUGAGACACGAGGCUUGGGAGGCAUCUUUUUUGAUGAUCUCAACACUGAGGAUCCCGAGACACAUUUGAAGUUUGCCGAAGAAGCUUUGGACGCAGUUCCAAAAGCAUAUGUGCCCAUCCUCGAAAAGAAUCGAGACAAAGAGUUCACAGAAGAACAGAAGCAGUGGCAACUUCUUCGACGUGGCCGAUAUGUGGAGUUCAACCUUGUCUAUGACCGAGGUACCGUUUUCGGCUUGAAGAUGUUGGGCAGCGGCGUGGGCCGAAUCGAAAGCAUUUUGAUGUCCCUUCCUGAGAAUGCCAGUUGGCUUUAUGCCCAUGAGCCAAAGGAGGGCUCCCCAGAAGCAGAGAUCAUGGAAGCUUUCAAGCAGCCCAAGCAGUGGGUUUGAGCUGGCCGCCACUGGCUGCCGCUGGGCCAAAGGCGCCUCCGAAAGAAGCCGUGUGACACAGCGAAUGGUUGAGCUCGACUCAGAUCGACGGCGUUUAGCAGCGUUUUUGAACUCCAACCGGAGGGUGAUGCUGAACGCUUCUCCACCGCACCUAUGUUUGCACGGGGGGUAGACUGUCGUUGUAAGCACUGAAUGUUUAGCAUAACUUCAGCUUUGCAGCUGGAUUUAAGUUGCCUUCUCCAUUGAACAAAAAUUCG